CUGCCUGCCUCCUCCUCCUCCUCCUCUCCCACCUCCUCCUGCGCGGUCGCCUCCCGCCGCCGCGGCCUCCGCCUGCGGCUUUGUUUUCCUCCCAGGUCUCGCUCCCCACACGUGAUACCGUGUUAUUGCAAAGAGCGCUCCGGAGCGCGGGCGCGCGGGGGGCGCGCGCACUUAUAAAGACGGACCGCCGGGCCCGGGAGCCCGGGAUCGCGCGGCGCGGAAGGGGCCGGCCGGGCGCGCGUGGGGUUCCCGGGCGGGGAGGGCGAGGCGGGCGCGCGUGGGUCUCAGCGGCGCCCGAGCGCCCGGGGCCGAGCAUGGCCCGCCCGCGGGAGGGCAGGGCCGCCUCGCACAGCGCCCGCGCCCCGCGCCCUGCCCAGCCCGGGUCGCCGGGGCUCGCGGCCGCCGCUUAGCCCUCGCCACCCGCCACCCGCUCCUCGGGCACCGCGGAGCUGACGCCGCGGACGGACACAAUGGCGGCGGCGACCGCCACCGCGGGCUCGGCCGCCUGCAGCAGCAGUAGCAGCAGCAGCAGCAGCAGCCGCGGCGGCAGCACGGACGCCGCGGCCGCCAGCGGGCUGCACACGCCGCCGCCGCCGCCCCCGACCACCGCGCCGCCGGAGCCGCUCCGUAAGCCGCGCGUGGACCCGCGGCGCCGCCAGGCUGCCCUGUCGUUCCUCACCAACAUUUCUCUGGACGGACGGCCGCCGCUGCAGAACGACGAGUGGGGCGGCGGCGAGGAGGGAGGCGCGACCAAGCCGGGCGCGAGGGCUCGGCUCAGCCUGCUGGCCGCCGGCUGCAACGCCUUCUCGGCGCCCGGCACGGCGGCCGCGCCGUGGGCCGUCGGCUCCGGGUCCAGCCCUUGCCCCCUGCCGCCGUCCCUGGUCCCCCGGGCGUCGGGGGAGCCAGCGCAGCCGCCUCGCUCGGCCCCGGCCGGCCCAGGUGCUCAGCUGCAGCUGCCCGACGGGCCGGGGGUGGCCGGCCGGGAGCUGGAGGAGGACGAUGCCUUCAGCAACGUGCAGGUGCCCCCGGCCAGCUUCCUGGGCUCCGGGACCCCCGGGGGUGCGAGCGGCAGCCGGGGCCGCCUCAACUCUUUCACUCAGGGAAUCCUGCCCAUCGCCUUCUCCCGGCAGAACUCGCAGAACUACUGCGCCCUGGAGCAGCCAGGCCAGGGCGGCAGCGCCAGCGCCUUCGAGCAGCUGCAGAGGUCCCGACGGCGCCUCAUCUCCCAGAGAUCCUCUUUGGAGACCCUGGAAGAUAUUGAGGAGAAUGCCCCGCUCCGGAGAUGUCGAACACUCUCAGGUUCUCCCAGACCAAAGAACUUUAAGAAAAUUCAUUUUAUUAAGAACAUGAGGCAGCAUGAUACCAGGAAUGGCAGAAUAGUCCUUGUCAGUGGCAGAAGAUCCUUGUGUAGUGUAUUUUCCGUGCUGCCGUACCGAGACGGUACCCGAGUCGGGGACCUGAAGUUGGAUGGAGGGAGACAGUCAGCUGGGGCCAUGAGCCUGAAGGAGAUCAUUGGCCUCGAAGGAGUGGAGCUGGGUGCUGACGGGAAGACGGUGUCUUACACACAGUUUCUUCUACCCACAAAUGCCUUUGGAACCCGGAGAAACACCAUAGACUCCACCUCUUCCUUCUCCCAGUUCCGGAGCCUGAGCCACCGCAGCCUCUCCAUGGGCCGGGCUGGCAGCACCCAGGGGAGCCUUGAUGCAGGAAGCGACCUGGGAGACUUUAUGGACUAUGACCCAAAUCUCCUGGAUGACCCCCAGUGGCCUUGUGGCAAGCAUAAGCGAGUUCUGACCUUCCCUUCAUACAUGACCACGGUGAUAGACUACGUGAAGCCCUCGGACCUCAAGAAGGACAUGAACGAAACCUUCAAGGAGAAGUUUCCGCACAUUAAGCUAACUCUCAGCAAAAUCAGGAGUCUGAAGAGAGAGAUGCGGAAGCUUGCUCAGGAGGACUGUGGCUUCGAGGAGCCCACGGUGGCCAUGGCUUUUGUCUACUUCGAGAAGCUCGCCCUCAGGGGGAAGCUGAACAAGCAGAACAGGAAGCUCUGUGCGGGAGCGUGUGUGCUGCUAGCAGCCAAGGUCGGAAGUGACCUCAAAAAGCAUGAAGUCAAGCAUCUAAUCGAUAAACUGGAAGAGAAGUUCCGACUGAACAGGCGGGAACUGAUUGCCUUUGAAUUCCCAGUGUUAGUGGCCUUGGAAUUUGCACUUCACCUGCCAGAGCACGAAAUCAUGCCCCAUUAUAGACGGUUGAUCCAGAGCUCCUAGCACAGGCCCCAAGAGGGCCAAGGACUGCGUCCUCUUGAGUGCGGUGGAGCCACCCUUUCUCCCGGAGACAGAGAGCCGAGAGCCGAGCAGGCUUACCUACCCAGAACUUGCUGGGGAGCCUGGGGCUGGUGGAGAGGAGGCGUGUGCUGGGUUGACCGGGCCCAACAGUUCCCCACGGAGAUGCUGGGGCCUGACUUUUCCUCCUGGGCAAGCGCAGAGCGUGAAGCAGGCCUCAGGGCCUUCACUGUGGACCGAGGGGACAAGUGUUUGGGAUUCGGGGAAGCCACUUCGAGUUCCCUCUCCCUGUGUCAAGAGCGUGCCAAUCUAUUUUUAUAUCUGCCAUCGGAAGUGCACUUUCCCUGGGGCACAGGGGCGCGGGUGUGCAAGUGUCUGAGGGACACUGUUACACUUGACCCCAACGCCAGUCUGGAGAGCAGACUCGGAAUGCCUUCUGGGUACCAGUGACUCAGAUGCAGCUCGCCAGCUCCGCUUUCUGGGAACUUACCGGCUACUCGCUGGCCAGCGGUGGCAUUCUCCGCGUGGGGAGAGUCUCUGCAGCGCGCUGCGCCCCGAACUCCUGCCGGCACACUUGUGUUGACCCCUCCAGCUCUUGCCUGUGGAGACGGGAAGGCUGAACUCCAUAGCGUAUGUCCCCGUGCUCUAUGUUAGAGUGCAUAGCAGGCGCGUUUACUGUGCUAAAUCCAUACACCUGUGUGUUUUCUGAAAGUCUGUGGUGGGGGUGAGGCGCAUGAUUGGUGUCUUGUGGCGUUGGCAGCCGGGACAAGCUACUGCUUUUCGAGCUGUGGGUGAACUGAUAGUACAAAGUUGUGACCUGUCCUGACACUCUCCCCGACCUCCUGUCCUGAAGCAUUAACCAUGCUGUCGCCCGGUAGUUAGGCAGGUGUAACCUUACUGAAGAACGCUUGUUGUCAUGGAAAGAAAUUAAAAUAUUUUGUUGUUUUAUAUAUA